CACAUUCAAAAUGGCGGAGAGCGGGGCGAGAGGCAGCGGCAGCAGCGGGGACAGCCUGGACAAGAGCAUCACGUUGCCCCCCGACGAGAUCUUCCGCAACCUGGAGAACGCCAAGCGCUUUGCCAUCGAUAUAGGCGGCUCGCUGACCAAGCUGGCCUACUACUCCACCGUGCAGCACAAGGUGGCCCGCGUGCGUUCCUUCGACCGCUCAGGACUGGACACUGAACAAGACCAUGAGCCCCCCUACGAGAUUUCAGUGCAGGAAGAGGUGACCGCGCGGCUGCACUUUGUCAAGUUUGAGAACACCUACAUCGAGGCCUGCCUGGACUUCAUCAAAGACCACCUGGUCAACACCGAGACCAAAGUCAUCCAGGCCACUGGGGGUGGCGCCUACAAGUUCAAGGAUCUCAUCGAGGAGAAGCUGCGGCUGAAGGUCGACAAGGAGGAUGUGAUGACGUGCCUGAUCAAGGGCUGCAACUUUGUGCUGCGGCACAUCCCGCAGGAGGCCUUCGCGUACCAGAAGGAUGCUGAGCCCGAGUUCCGCUUCCAGACCAACCACCCGCACAUCUUCCCCUACCUGCUGGUCAGCAUUGGCUCCGGGGUGUCCAUCGUGAAGGUGGAGACAGAGGACAGGUUCGAGUGGGUCGGCGGCAGCUCCAUCGGAGGUGGCACCUUCUGGGGUCUCGGAGCCCUGCUUACUCAGACGAAGAAGUUCGACGAGUUACUGCACCUGGCGUCCCGGGGCCAGCACGCCAAUGUGGACAUGCUGGUGCAGGACAUCUAUGGCGGUGCCUACCAGACCCUGGGGCUCAGCGGCAACCUCAUCGCUAGCAGCUUUGGCAAGUCGGCCACGGAGGACAGAGAGUUCUCCAAGGAGGACAUGGCCAAGAGUCUGCUGCACAUGAUCAGCAAUGACAUCGGGCAGCUGGCCUGUCUGCACGCCAGGCUGCAUGGCCUGGACCGCGUCUACUUCGGCGGCUUCUUCAUCCGCGGCCAUCCGGUCACCAUGCGCACCAUCACCUACAGCAUCAACUUCUUCUCCAAGGGAGAGGUCCAGGCGCUGUUCCUGAGACACGAGGGCUACCUGGGUGCCAUCGGAGCCUUUCUGAAGGGAGCGGAGCAGGACAAUCCCAACCAGUACAGCUGGGGCGAGAACUACGCGGGUAGUUCGGGGCUGAUGAGCUCGUCCCCAGAGCUGUGCCCGGUGCAGCGCGCGCGAAGCGGCACGUUCGACCUGCUGGAAAUGGACCGGCUAGAACGGCCGCUCGUCAACCUGCCCCUCCUCCUGGACCCGUCCUCCUACGUGCCCGACACAGUGGACCUCACAGAUGACGUAUUGGCGCGCAAGUACUGGCUGACCUGCUUCGAGGAGGCGCUGGAGGGGGUGGUGAAGCGUGCCGUGGCCAGCCAGCCGGGCGCCGCGGAUGCGACUGAGCGGGCCGAGAAGUUCCGCCGGAAGUACUGGGACAAGCUGCAGACCCUGCGCCAUCAGCCCUUCGCCUAUGGGACCCUGACCGUGCGCAGCCUUUUGGACACAAGGGAGCACUGUCUGAACGAGUUCAACUUCCCUGACCCCUACUCCAAGGUGAAGCAGAAGGAGAACGGGGCUGCCCUCAAGUGCUUCCAGAAGGUGGUCAGCUCCCUGGACACGCUGGGCUGGGAGGAGCGGCAGCUGGCCCUGGUGCAGGGGCUCCUGGCCGGAAACGUGUUCGACUGGGGAGCCAAGGCCGUCUCCGACGUCCUGGAAUCUGACCCCCAGUUUGGGUUUGAAGAGGCCAAGAGGAAGCUGCAGGAGCGGCCCUGGCUGGUGGACUCCUACGGCGAGUGGCUGCACAGGCUGCGGGGGCCCCCUCACAAAUGUGCCUUAAUUUUCGCAGAUAACAGCGGAGUAGACGUCAUUUUGGGAGUCUUCCCCUUUGUGAGGGAGCUUCUCUCUAGAGGGACGGAGGUCAUCCUGGCCUGCAACUCGGGCCCUGCGCUCAAUGACGUCACCUACAGCGAGUCCCUGAUCGUGGCCGAGCGCAUCGCGGCCAUGGACCCUGUUGUCCACUCGGCGCUGCGUGAGGAGAGGCUGCUGCUGGUGCAGACGGGCUCCAGCUCCCCCUGCCUGGACCUCAGCCGCCUGGACAAGGGGCUGGCGGCCCUGGUGCGGGAGCGUGGCGCCGACUUGGUGGUCAUCGAGGGCAUGGGCCGCGCCGUGCACACCAACUACCACGCGACCCUGCGCUGCGAGAGCCUCAAGCUGGCCGUGGUCAAGAACGCCUGGCUGGCCGCGCGGCUGGGCGGCCGCCUCUUCAGCGUCAUCUUCAAGUACGAGGUCCCGGCCCCCUGAGCGCCGUAUGUGUGGUGGAAUAUACAUA